AUGUCAGCAGAGUUAUUUGUGUUUGAAGAUUUGCUCGAGGCUGAUCUUUCCAAGGCUUUUGGUGGGAUGGAUAGACUCGACAUGUUCUUCCCAUUUGAUCCAUGUUUGUUGAAGAAAAGUGAAGGCUACCUAAGACCACACUUUGUCCGCUGGUCAAGAGUCAGAACUACAUAUGACGACGAGGAAGACAGUGAUUCUGGAAGUAAAGCAUCAGACGACGAAUUUGUUGACUUAAAUGCAAAGGAUAUGAUGGUUGAUGAUGAUAUGAUAGGAAGUGUUGCAGCAGGCCUUGAUUUUGACCCCGACUUGAACAAAAUGUCUAUCACACCCAAAUCGUUCAAAUAUGGGUUUAAGGAACAGAUGGAGCGGGGCCACGAGAAUGCUGUCGAAAUUUAG